AUGAGGCUGAGAAUCAAAUCUCUAACUCAAGUGUGGCUCCUGAGAGUUCAAACACCAGUGCAAGAUGAUGCUGACAAUCAAACCUCCGAGUGCAAGAUGAUGCUGGACAAUCAAACCUCUGAGGUAGGUGAGGUUGCUGAGCGUCAAGAAACACCAGUUCAUGAUGAGGCUGAGAAUCAAAUCUCUAACUCAAGUGUGGCUCCUGAGAGUCAAACACCAGUGCAAGAUGAUGCUGACAAUCGAACCUCUGAGGUGAGGUUGCUGAGAGUCAUGAAACACCAAUGCAUGUUGAGGCUGAGAAUCAAAACCUCUGAGUCAAGUGUAGCUCCUGUGAGUCAAACACCAGUGCAAGAUGAUGCUGACAAUCAAACCUCUGAGGUAGGUGAGGUUGCUGAGCGUCAAGAAACACCAGUUCAUGAUGAGGCUGAGAAUCAAACCUCUGAGCCAGGUUUAGCUCCUGAGAGUCAAACACCAGUGCAAGAUGAUGCUGACAAUCAAACCUCUGAGAGUCAUGAAACACCAGUUCAUGAUGAGGCUGAGAAUCAAACCUCUGAGUCAAGUGUAGCUCCUGUGAGUCAAACACCAGUGCAAUAUGAUGCUGACAAUCAAACCUCUGAGGUAGGUGUGGUUGCUCAAAGUCAAGAAACACCAAUGCAUGUUGAGGCUGAGAAUCAUACCUCUGAGCCAGGUUUAGCUCCUGUGAGUCAAACACCAGCGCAAGAUGAUGCUGACAAUCAAACCUCUGACGUAGGUGAGGUUGCUCAGAGUGAAGAAACACCAAUGCAAGAUGAAGCAGACGAUCAAGCCUCUGAUAAAAUUGAGACUUCAGAUACACCAGAAACAUCUGAACCAGGUAUGUCCCCUCAGAGUCAAAGGCCCCCAGAGCAUGAUGAGACUAAAAAAUCAAAUCUCUGA